AGUCGCGGUGAAACUUCCAUGGCGGUGGGUUGCUACUGGUGUCCGUUGUGCGGAAAAGUGCUGUAGUGUGGCGUCGAGAGAACGAUUCAUGCCCUGUACCACAAAUUUCAUAUCCAUUUACCUUGUUCACCUCACUUGUGGAUUUCCAGAAACAAAUCAACUAUGCCCGUCCGUGUGCGCGAUUGAAGAGUUUCCAGAAGAGAAUUGCGAAAGAGAGUGGCGGAGCUGCGGGGGUGGGUGGUGUGAGAGGAAGCGCGCGUGGGGCAUGAGAAAAAUGAAUUGGGACGCGAGGUGGUGAAACAGCAAAUGGACAUCAUUCACGACGCUAACCAAGUGGGCGACGUGACCCCCCUGUGGCACAACGAUACAGCGUCCCAUGGCAAUAGAACCAGCGGCGACUGGCUCUCAUCGUCCGGUACACUCGUCCUCCUCGGCAGCUACUGCACCGUGAUCUUCGUGGGUGUUUUCGGGAAUGCAUCCCUGGUGGUGACACUGUGCGCCCAGGGACGCCUCCGGAAUCCCCUACUUGUUGCACUCUGUGUCGCCGAUUUGAUAGUUUCGGGCGUCGCGGCGCCUCUCACUGUCGUCAGCAUGGCGUUUAAUUACAGCACAUGGAGCUUACCACCCGCAGCAUGCAAAGCCAUAUCCUUCAUAAAGUCCAUGCCAGUGGCAGCGAGCACAUUUUGCCUGUUUAUGCUGUCUCUGGAUCGCUUUGCCACAGUGAAGCAUCCGCGCCUCGCACAGCUACGUCAGACACGAUUCCUGCCCACCGUGCUUGCACUCGGUGCAUGGUUCACGGCAAUCCUCAUCAGUGUGCCCGUCCUGCUGGCACAUCGAGUUGACGAAAGAGCCCAAAUGAGUGGCCUAUCUCAUGCACUAACUGCCUGCCGUCCCGACUACGGGGACUACCACGUGCCAUUCCUCACAACCCACACACUCCUCGUGUUCGUCAUCCCGGGCUUUGGGGUCGUGCUCAACCAUCUGGCGGUUCGGCGGAAGCUCUGUGCGCUCUCACUCACAGCACGUGCAGCACACGGGGAACUACCCCUACCUAUGCCUAUUCUACGUCGGCCUACGCACAUGAUCAUCGUCACGGGUAUGGCACCAGCACGGGGUGGUGUUGUUGGGGAGCAGGAUGACAGCUCCGAUGCUGGUGGGGCAAUGGAAAGCAAUCUAGCGGGGCCAGCUGGGUCACAGAAGGCACCAACAAAGGUUACGCCCAAAACUCCAAGGGCAAUACGUCGCGAGCAAAUGCGUCGUCGGCAGCGAAGCAAAAGAGCCAGCGACAGAAGGCACGGCCCAGAGCUUCCAUUGCCACAGACAUCCACAUUACGAUCCCGACGACGUCUGGCCAAUCUUCUCGUGGGUGCUGCACUAAUCUUCGUAGCCUGCUGGACACCACAUGUGGUUUGCAUUGUGGGUACACAGCUAGGUAGUGGGAUGCUCUGUACCAAAGCUCUGGCUGACUUCAGUUUACUCUUAGGCUACACCCAUUCAGCUGUGUCUCCCAUUGUUUACUGGUUCCUCAACCACAAUACCCUCCGACAAUCACUCUCAUGCACCCCAUGCUGGCAAAUAUCCUCAGCGCAGAAAUUUCUGCGAACGCACUUUCGCCUUGCAGCUCCAUCGCCACCGCCCUCGUCUACAAAUGAAGCUGCUCUUGGAGCUUUCAAUCCCAGAUACAUCAAAUCCCGCCCGCAACCAAUGCCACGACCACAGGCCUCGUCGCACUACCUCUACUAAAACACAGAAAAAAUAAUCAGCAAAGAGGGAACGAAUCCAGCAGAGCUGGUCCAGCUCUUUGGUAUUUUCAUUGUAUAUCGUGUGACAAACAGGUGAGGAAUUCUCCAUAUCAUUCCUCUUGACCCCACCCGCAAUACCCACCCACCUUACACAAAACAUCGCAUGAAGUAUUCAAAUUAAGCAUUUCAGCAUCGCAACAAGUUGUUCGGUGUGAAAGACAAAUCCCAUGCCAAAUGACAAAGUCCUUUGGUCACAGCUCUUCAUUCAAUUUAUUCCCCAUUCUCUCAUUUGUACCAUCUCUCCUCCUCCAUCAAACCACUCCCAAAAUGAGAGCUUUUUGGGAAUGGAGCUUUUACACAAAUAACAAGAUAGAAUGACUUUGGCAAAAAGCUCCAAUUUCUCUGAAUUUCUUUACUUAAUUAUUGACACAGCCACACACACAACAGAGAAAUAGAGAACUAACGAGAAUUCUGAGGCUGUUUCUGACACACUUCCAUAUAGACGAAUUUUCUUCUCUGCACAAGUUUUCCGGCAAGAAAACAAAUUUGUAUUUCACACAAAACUUCAUCCCCUGAAUGGGGGCAUAAAUGCUAAAAUGGAUUAGUUAGACUUUUCAACUCUCUUUUCGGCGCAACCAAACAAAGUUUCUUAAUGCAAAAUUAAUCUCAUUUUAUGAGAAAAUUUGUAGGAAUUACUUUUUGCCCGUUAACAAGGCUGAAAAGGAAAGGAUGUUGUGAAAACAUCUCCAUAAAUUAGUUUUAGUGGUGUAAUCUCAUUGAGAGGACGUUUUUUUUCCUCAAGAAGGGAAUUCUUUGAGAAGACUUUUCACACCUAUUAAUCUCAUACUCUUUGCACUUUCCUCCCUUCCCAGCUAGCUUGGGUUCUUAAUAAUUCAUAAAAGAGA